AGUCCGAGUGGUGGUGUUGUUGUUAGGCCACCUGCCUCUUGUUCCUCGCAUUCAUUUCAUCCAUCCCUUCUUGUUACUUCUCAAUUGCCAAUUGGGAUUUGAAAGAUUUGAAUUUUCUGAGUCGUUAAUUCCAAAGCGACACCCCAAAGCCAAAAUUAUAUAACCCUCCGGGCCCCCCACAUCUCCACCCAUCCAUCCAUCCAUCCAUCCAUCCCGGAUUCCCAAUUCUACUUUGAUUAGCACCAAUUACCACCAGAGUAAUAACUUGGAGAAACAAGAGGAAUGCGAAAUGCCUCCGCCGCCGUUGAAACUCAAGCAAUCUUCUGCUUCUUCCACCAAUCAAACCCUCACCACCACCGCCACUAGCGCCCAGGACGCGCGCCUUCUCGUCCGUGAAACGCUGCGUAUCAGUGCAAACCUCGCUUCUUCCGCUCCCUCCCAGGCUCUGCCUUUGGACACCCAAGCCCCCAAGCAUCAGCUUCCCCAGCUGCUCCACCACGAUCAAGACUUCGUGGGAUCCAGCUUCAGAUUGAUUUGCUGCGAGGAGAUUGACGGCCGCCGAUGGAACUACGUUGCCGAGCCCGAUUCCUCCUCCUCCUCCUCUGCUGCAACCACCUUCAAGAAGGGCUCUUUUCGCGCCCUUAGCUUGCACAGCCCCCAACCCCCUCUCGACGGGUUGAUGUCUUUCGUAAGGUCAUAUGUUGUCCCCGAAGGUUUCCCUGAUAGUGUAAUCCCUUCCUAUGUCCCCUACAUGACAUGGAGAGCUCUCAAGCACUUCUUUGGUGGCGCAAUGGGUGUUUUUACAACACAAACCCUUUUGAAUUCAGUUGGAGUCUCUAGAAACACAGCUGCUCCUGGGGCUGUUGCUAUCAACUGGAUUCUCAAGGAUGGUGCUGGGCGUGUUGGAAAAAUGCUUUUUGCCCGACAAGGAAAGAAAUUUGAUUAUGAUCUAAAACAGUUGCGGUUUGCUGGUGAUCUUCUCAUGGAGUUGGGUGCAGGAGUAGAGUUGGCAACUGCAGCUGUCCCACACCUGUUUCUUCCUUUGGCUUGUGCAGCGAAUGUGGCAAAGAAUGUUGCUGCUGUAACAUCAACAUCAACUCGAACACCAAUUUACAAAGCGUUUGCAAAAGGAGAAAACAUUGGAGAUGUGACAGCUAAAGGAGAAUGUGUUGGCAAUAUUGCGGAUCUGCUGGGAACUGGCCUGAGUAUAUUAAUCUCAAAAAGAAAUCCAUCACUGAUAACUACAUUUGCGCUCCUUUCAUGUGGAUACGUUGUCAGCUCCUACCAAGAGGUUAAAUCUGUAGUACUGCACACCUUGAACCGAGCAAGAUUCAGUGUGGCAGUAGAUGCCUUUCUUAAAACAGGGCGAGUGCCGUCGUUGCAGGAAGGGAACUUAAAGGAAAAUGUUUUCAAUUUUCCCUGGGUGAAAGAUGGGCCUGUUGUUCUCGGACCACGAUUUAAAGAUGCAUUCCAAGAGCCAAGUGUAUAUCUUGCGAUAGAGCCCUUCUUUGAGAAAGAGAGAUAUGUUGUGACAUAUAAUCCUUCAAAAGGUAAAGUGUACGCAUUGUUCAAAGAUCAAGCGAAGUCAGAUGACAUACUAAAGGCGGCAUUUCAUGCUCAGGUACUUCUAUAUUUCAUGCAAUCAUCAUACGACAGUCAGCAUAUGUAUCAGAAGGAGAAGAAAGAUGGAUUUUUAAAAUUUGAGCCCACAGCUAAAGAUCUGGAGGCGUGCAUUGUUGAGUCAUGUAAGAUGGUCUCAACUAAGUAUGGGAUUUUCAAGAGUAAAGCUAAAUUGCAGGGAUGGAUGAUGUCAGAAGCACAUCUCAAUCCUGGCCGAGCUCGUCUGAUUAAGUGAUUAAUUUGGACAAUAUACCAGUACUCCCUUUCCCUGCAAGGUUGGCUUUGAUGUUCGAAAAAUGGAUAGUUUUAGUUCUUGUUACAAUCAUACAAACAGAAGCUUGUAAAGAAGGCAAGAGUUACCACAGUAUCACUGAGGCUGCGGGAACCAUUUGUGUUGUUAUGCCGAUCAGGUCUGUGCCAAGCUUUGCUCGGUGGAACAAACUUAAAUGAAGAUGGCGUGGUGCAGCUUUUGAGUCGUAACUAGAUGAUGUAUUAACGGACAGGUGACAUCCCCUUUUUUUCUUCCUUCUGUAUAGAGUUUGGCCUGGGCUUUGCUGUCGUAGGUUUUUUCCGUCUCAGCUUCUUCACGUUUGCCUUUGUCAAAUAUAUAGUACUGUAGGAACCAUGAAAUCCUUAUAUAUCAAUGAAUUUUGCGUUUGUCCUUGCUC